AUGGAAAUUUUAGAGAACGAUUGGUUAUUAUCUUCAUCCAAGAUUGAUGACGACCUUGGAUGUGUUAAACACCAACCGGAUCAUCUACGUCUAUAUGUCAUUAAUAAUCGGAAUUUACACCAAUAUAAAACAAUCGAUGGCAAAUUGAAACACCUUGGAUACACAUCAAAUCAAAUCUCUUCUAGCACGACAUUAAAUCAAGGGGAAGCCUUUAUCGAUAAGGCAACCCUACUUGAAUGGAAGCAAGAAAAUCAACGCUUAAAAGUCAGCGAUGAUCUACUUAGGGAUACGACUAGUAAAAUCCAAGACAAGUUACAAGCAUAUGAAAAUGAAUUGAAGAUUCUAUUUAAUCGAUUAAAAGUUAAUGAAAAUUGUAACAUACUCAAGAAACAAGAAAUACAACGCAGGAUAAAACAUCUUGAAGAUCUCAUUGUCGAGCACAACGACCAUUCAAUGCCAUCCAGUAAUUUGGAAAAUAACGAUGAUGAUCAUUACGAAGCACAACCGAUUGCGAUAGACUUUGACCAUCAGAAGGCAAAUUCUCAUCAUCAUUAUCAACAUCAAAAUGCCGAAAAUAGUACAAGACUGAGUAGUCCUACUAUGGAUAAUCAUAGUGCUCACGAUAAUAAUACUAGAAGAUUUAGCAAACGAUCGACAAAACUGUUUAGUGCAACAUCAAGAAAUACCGAAUUAUCAUCCAUGACAGUUCCAACUGGAUCUUUGCCUCCUUUCUCUUGUACUACCGGUACUGUUGUCAUAGCAGAUGUUGAUCCAAAUGGAUAUUUUGUCCAAUUACACAAUAUUAGUUCUAAUCAAGAUGUAGAAUUAGGAUUAUUCCAGAUACAGCAAAGAACAGAGGGGCAUAUUAUGGCUUCCUUUCAAUUUCCUAUCACUUUUACUCUUGCUGCUGAAUCGAAAGUUACAGUUUGGGCCGCAGAUAGCCAACAUCCACAUCGUCCACCUUUAGACGUCUUAUGGAUUAAAGAGAAAAGAUGGCCAGUAUCCCCAAAUUGUAUGACUAUAUUAUGUAAACCGAAUGGCCAAGCAAUGGCGUGGACUUCUUCAGCCGGUGUAAUUACUCGAUAUCAACAUGUGUUAAAGAAGAAACAAGAUAGACGAUUGCAUGAAGAUAGAAAUAAACAAGUUUCCAUUAGCCCUAUGGAUGAUAAUUCAAUUUUUGAGAAAAGAACGGCCUCGCCAACAUUAAGAAAACGAAUCCAUUCUCCUUGCCUUAGCACUGGAAAUGGUGGAAAUAGAUCAAUUAACUAUAGAAAAUCAGCUUCUGAAAUUAUUACCUUAAAAGAUUUAAAACAUUUUACAGAACAGAUAGGUAUAGCCUUGCCAUUUUAUAUGUUGGUGCUGGUCACAGAACCGUAA